AAACGUUACGCAUGCGUAUGAUUUUUUUGUUUGUUUGUUUACAUUUUUCGAAAUAAUGGAAUUAGAUCCAAAUGAUGAUAUUUAUCAACAAUUUAUUAAUUCAUUUCAACAAAGUGAUCUAGAUCGAUUAUUUGCUGAUGAUGAUCCUAAUGAUAAGGAUUAUAAUGUAUAUCAGGAUAUCGGUAAUUUGGAUGAUUUUAAAGAAUUUUUGGAUAUUUUCGAUGAAACAUUCAAGAAUACUUCCGUUAUCGAUAAUAAUGGUGUUGAAAAAGAAUCUGAUCAAAUAACAUUGAAAGAUGAAAUAAAUUCCAAUUCAGAUCAACAUUCAUUUUCGAAUGAUCAAUUAAAUAUUCUUUAUUAUCAGCUAAAUUUUCACAUACAAUUACUUACACAAGAUUGGAUUCUAUCUAUUCGUUAUGAUGAUGAUGAUAAUAAAAUUCACAACGGUUAUCGAGAAAUGCUUGAUGAAUUGAAUGAAUUAUCUCAAAAAAAUGAUACAAAUAUUUUACGUUUGAUUCCUAAUCUUCAACCAUCCAUUCAAUUAGUCGAACAUGAUAAUGAUCAUAUUGUUGAAAGUGAAAAUAAAUCCAAUCUCGAAACAGUUUUAACAUCGAAGCUAAAAUCAUUUCUACUCAAAAAUCGUAAUAUAUUUCCAUUCGAAUGGGCAUUACCAUCUCGUCGUUUUUUAUCACAUCACAAAGUCACUCAAACAUUAUUUACCGAAGCUGAUGAUCAUAUGAUUGCAUUCGGUUUGCAGAAAUUUUAUCGUGAACGUUCGAAAUCGACUCGAGCAAAUUCUUUUUACAAAUAUAUUCACAAUCAUUUUUUACCUAAUCAUUCUGAACAAUCUAUACGUCAUCAUGUUAAAUAUUUAAAACAUAAAAGAAAAAUUGAUAAUGAUCCACAAAAAUAUGAUAAAUGGUUUACGAAUCCGAUUGUCUAUUAUUUUCGUGAAAAUAAACUUCCACCAUUUAAUAGAUAUUUUACCAAAGAAAAUCUAUCCGAUAUUUAUCGAUUAUAUCCAUUGCCUAAUUGGUAUCAUAAACUUGUGGCCAAAGAUGAUCCAACCAAUCUAAUGCUUUAUAUUGAUGAUUCAAGAAAAAAUAAUCGUACCGAACAAUCACAGCAAACAAAAUGUAAUGAACAUUCAUCUAGUCCAUCAUCAUUGGCAAAUAAAUAUCAAACUAUAAUGCCCAAACCGGAUUCGAAUGGUAAUUUACCGUUGUAUGAAUUAAAUGGACAACGAAUCAUAUUAGCCGAUGGUACGAUCAUGCAAAACAUUUUGGCUAAUCAAAGUUUUCCAUUUUGUACUGUUCCAAAUCUACCACAACGGCGACGACAAAUUCGUAGAAAAACUAAAAAACAACAAUCUUAUCAAUCCAAAAUAUUAGAAAAGGAUGAACAGGAAAUUUCCAAAAUCUGUUCACCAAAUCAAGAAUUGGAUAUUGAUGAAAAUUCAAUCGAUAUCGAUUCGAAUCAACCUGUACAAUCACCAACCAUAUCUGUGAACAAAAUCAAUGAAAAUGGUGAUGAUGAUGAUAAUCAAGUAUUCGAAAAAAUUGAGAUUGAUAAUAAUGAUGAUGAUGAUGAACAAGAACAAUGUGAAAAUGUUGUCCAAGUGGAAGAAGGAGAAGAAGAAGAAGAAAUCGAAGAUGAUGAUGUUGAUAAUGAUGACGAUGGUGAUGGUGGUGAUGAUGAUGACGAUGAUGAUGAUGAUGGUGAUGAAACAGAAAUGCUAAUGAACAUGGAUGAUGAAGAAGAUUUAAUGGCAUUGAUGGAAGCAAGUUGGACAACUGUUGCGAAUAGUCAACAUGGAAAACCGCAACAAGAUCAAGUUGAUGUUGAACGUAUCAAUCGACGAAAAUCGGAAUUAUUAGCAAUGCAACGUGAAUCAUCUCGAUAUAUUGUUGAGAAUUCAUCAUCGAACAUUAUUGAUUCAAUCAAUGAUCGUUUGAUUAGCUAUUAUCUUAAACGUAGCCGUAAAUUAUUGGUUCAAGAUGAAGAUUAUAUUCAAUUUUUAGAAUUGAUUUCCAAUCUAAAUGAUCAGCCAGAUUUGAAUAGACAAAUUUAUCAUCAACUUCGUAAAUUUCUACUGGAAAUUCGUCAAAAAUAUAUUGAACAACAUUCGGAAAAUAUCAUUAUUCGACAACAGAUUCUGGAUGGUUUUGAUGAAUUGAUCGAAUUGUUAGUGCUUCUUGUAAUGUUCUCUAUUGAUCGAUUCGAUAAUAAUCACAAUAAUGAUUUUCGAUCAACAUUUGAAUAUCUACAUUGGCAACGAAUAUUACAAUUUUUCGGUAAACUUGAACUAUAUCUAUCAUUUGUCUAUGAUGGUCAUACAAAUCAACAGCAAAAUUGUAUACAGAAAAUAAUUCGUUUGCUAAAUCAAUCACUUUUACAACAGAAACAUCUAUCAACAAUGACCAAUGAACAACGAACAAAAAUCAAAACAUCAGUUUCAAAAAUAUUAAAUAAUCAUCCACUUUUGAUGAAAGAAUUUUGUUCAUUAUUUCUUGAAGAUCCACCAUCCAAUCAUCUUUACAAUGAUGAUGAAGAUUUUGAUGAAUUUAUUAUUCCUUCCGAUAUCGAAAUGGAAAACAACAAUGUUGUUGUUGACAAUAAUGAUAAUGAUGAUGUUGAAAAUUGUACGAUUCCAAUCGAUUCGAAUGAUUUAAAAUAUGGUACAAAUGAAUGUCCAUGUAUCGAAUGUCAUCAACAAAACGAUUCAACAACUGCAUCUCAUCUAAAUAAUCAUUGUACUUUAUGUUCAAUUCGUUUCAUUUCUGGUCGAAUUUAUCUGCCACAAAUAUCCACCAAUAAACGUUUACAAUUAGUUGAAUAUGUUCAACGAAAAUCAUCUCCAUUACAAAAAAUUAAUCAAAAUGAAUUAGAAUCCAAUAUGAAAAACGAAAAAUGGACAUUGGAAGAAGAUCGUCUAUUAUUACAAACAUUUCGAUCAAUGAUUGUCGAUUUUAAUAUAACCAAAUUAACUGAAAAUAUUAUUGAUCGUUUGUCCAAUAGAUUAGCCAAUGAAAAUGUUUUCAAUCAAAAACGAAAUAUCUCUGAUAUUGCUGAACGUUUGAAACAUUUGAUUGAAAUUUUAACUGGUUAAUUUUGAUUAUUAUGUUUGUUUAUUAAAAUUUAUUG